CGCUCUGCCGCAUCCCGGCCGCGUCCCGGCCCGCAGUGUUUUUCACCUCUGAGAACACACCCGUCCUCUCUGCCUGCUGCCACGCGAGCGCCCUCGCGCCUCAGCGUCCUCGAAAACCUCAGGGUUCUCCCCUCUGAUCACAACACAGCGUGCUAUCCCUUGCCUUAGAUAUUUGGAGGAGGAGCAGGGAUGGUUGSGGGGUGGGCAGGCUCGUCCCAGGAGCUGGCGUGCCCCGAGGCACCGCAGGUGCCAGGGCCAAGGUCUCUGCUUCGCUGCUUCUCGCCGCGUAAGGAGCGGAGGCUCCUGUCCUGCCCGACCCAUCGUUCGGGGCUGUUCCCACAGCCAGGCGGCCGAGUCCUGAUCCCUGCAGGUAUCCCGUGUAGCUGCAUGGCUUGGAACUUCUCAUGGCCUGUGGCUUUCCUCAUUUUAUCCUUCUGGUUGGCUCUCCCAGUUGAGAGAAAGGCAAGGCUGCGAUGGGACCCUCCAACCGUGUGUGUGUGUGUGUGCUGGUGCAGCGUGCAGGCUGCGCCCAGCGCGGUCUGAGCCCCCCGAGGUCUCCCAGCCCUCCACUGUUCUUUCUGCCUUCUCCUCCCUUCCAGCCAGCCUUGCAGGCUCGCUGGUUGGUCACUGUUUUGGACGGGCAGGGGGUGCGGGGUGCUCAGGGGCUCGGGCGCCUCAGUGCACAGCCGCCUUAGCGUUUCUUUGGCUGCCGGGGCUGGAACUUUAUUUUAAGGGUAAGUAGCAACGCUCAGGUUUCGGGCCCUUUGCUUCGUGGCCCCUGCAUCCUCCUGGGAACGUUCGGCUGGUUUUCCAGUAGAAGCUGGUAGUGGCGAGGGCGAAGGUGACUUCCUGCUUUCAGCAGGCGCGGGAAGAUACGAGCAGAGCGCUCUGUCCUGCUCCUAAAGUUCUUCUAGGCUUAAAUUUGCAUCCCCAGCAAGACAUGCAGUGCUAGGGCUGUCUGCAGCCAUUCAGGCUCACGGAGGCCGCGCCAGCCUGGGGGGUCCCGCGAGGAAGGGAAGACGUCCCUGUGGAGCAGGCUCCGCACUGGGAGAGCUGCUGCUCUGGCUUCUACUGGACAGCUUGGCCGAACCGAGAGCCUCUCUACCCACUAUGCCAUCUGCCAGCAGAGAAAGCGAACUGCUUCUGGCAAAGCCCAUGCUCUUCCUGACUCGUUCCUCCCCUAGCAUCCUCUGGUGCUAGAGAGGAAGCCGCUCCUCGAUGGCAAAUUCCGUGGGGAAUCUCAGCGCCAAAGCAGUGCCUGGAGCUUCCCRGCUGCGGCCUCCCUGCGGAGAAGAGGGGGGCGUUUUCCUGCUGCGCCAGGCGCUGUAGCUAAUGAGAGAGUUUUCUUUACGUACCUGUAGCUGUUGAUGACUUUUCUGUUUUGAAGUCGGUUUGUGUCUUGACGUGUCCCUUGCAAUAUCCCUAUCGUUAUAUAUGCUGUGUGCCUUAUGAAAUGCCGGCAUCUGGAAAACCCGUCGCCUGCGCCCUUGCCGGACCCGCGGCGCGCGCUCCGCGGGCGGCGCGUGCAGAGGAGCCCGCCGAGCAGUAAGCGCAGCAGGAGCGUGGAGGAUGACAAGGAAGGCCACCUGGUGUGCAGGACCGGCGAUUGGCUCCAAGAGCGAUACGAGAUCGUCGGCAGCCUGGGCGAAGGCACUUUUGGCAAGGUGGUGGAGUGCGUGGACCACGCCAGAGGCAAAUCUCAGGUGGCGCUGAAAAUCAUAAAGAACGUUGGGAAGUACCGCGAAGCGGCCAGGCUGGAGAUCAACGUCCUGAAGAAAAUCAAAGAGAAGGACAAGGAGAACAAAUUCUUGUGCGUCCUCAUGUCGGACUGGUUCAACUUCCACGGCCACAUGUGCAUCGCCUUCGAGCUCCUCGGCAAGAACACCUUCGAGUUCCUCAAGGAGAACAACUUCCAGCCGUACCCGCUCCCUCAGAUUCGGCACAUGGCCUACCAGCUCUGCCAUGCCUUGAGAUUUUUACAUGACAACCAGCUGACUCACACUGACCUCAAGCCAGAAAACAUCUUGUUUGUCAACUCGGAUUUUGACACAUUGUACAAUGAGAAAAAGAGCUGUGAGGAGAAAUCCAUAAGGAACACGAGCAUCCGAGUGGCAGACUUUGGCAGUGCCACGUUUGACCACGAGCACCACACCACUAUUGUGGCUACCCGGCACUACCGUCCACCAGAAGUCAUCCUGGAGCUGGGCUGGGCACAGCCCUGUGAUGUGUGGAGUACUGGCUGCAUUUUGUUUGAGUAUUACCGUGGCUUCACACUCUUCCAGACCCAUGAGAAUCGUGAGCAUCUUGUCAUGAUGGAAAAAAUCCUUGGGCCGAUUCCAUCGCACAUGAUUUACAAAACCCGGAAACAAAAAUACUUCCACAACGGGAAUCUGGUGUGGGACGAGAACACAUCGGAUGGCAGAUACGUCCAAGAGAACUGCAAGCCCCUGCGGACGUACAUGCUGCACGACUCGCUGGAGCACGCGCAGCUCUUCGACCUCAUGAGGAGGAUGCUGGAAUUUGACCCUUGCCGCCGCAUCACGUUCUCCGAGGCGCUCCUGCAUCCCUUCUUUGCCGGGCUCUCUGCCGAGGAGAGGAUGUUGUGCGGCCGCAGCGCCAGCCGCGACCUCRGCAGAUGACGGCGGGGCGGGCACCUGCCUGCUGGACGUGCAUAUACCGCCCACGUACACGUGGAUACAUGAGAAUGGGGGGGGAGUCAGGCCUCUUGRCCCCCCCCUCUCGCUCAGAGCUACUGCUGCCCACUGUGACAUGGACCCUGCAGAGGGGAGGGGAAGAAAAGCUACAUUGCAAAGCACAGAUUUGUC